AUGCACAAAGUGCCAAACAGUAAGACCAAGCGUGGAAUUGUUACUCAAGUAAACGUUCCUAGCUGGGGUAUAGCUCGUAUAAACCACCGUGAGCUACGGGACCUUACAGUUUAUACUGCAGAUGAUACUGCUGGAACCGGGAUACAUGUAUAUAUCCUGGAUUCAGGAAUAAAUGAAAAUCAUCCUGACUUUGAAGGGCGAGCCUUGAUGGAAGCCAACUUUAUUAGUUAUGAAGAUUCCGGAGAUUUUUCUGGUCAUGGCACACAUGUUGCUGGUAUUAUUGGUGGUAAAGCAUUUGGUGUUGCAAAAAAAUCCUUUCUCCAUGGAAUCAAGAUACUUGACCGAAAUGGAGAUGGCACUACUUCUGCUUUACUUCAAGCUAUUUCGUAUAUUGUUGAAACUCACGAGCCUGGUCACAGUAUAAUCAACCUUUCUCUUAGUGGGCCACGCUCAAGCUCGAUAGACGAAGCCCUAUCAAUGGUCGUUCAAGAUUACGAUAUACCCGUCUUUGUCUCUGCCGGAAACACGGGUGAUGAUGCAUGUGCUUACUCACCGUCUGCAAACCCUGAUGUGUUUGCUAUUGGUGCUACAAACUAUCAAGAUAUCAUACCACCAUUUUCAUCCUUUGGAAAGUGUGUUAGUAUAUACGCCCCGGGGGCCAAUAUCACUAGUGAUUGGCUUGAAAACAAGACUAUUACCAUGGACGGAACAAGUAUGGCUAGUCCACACGUCUCUGGUAUAGCUGCUAUGCUUAUGAGUAAAACCAAAUUUGAGUCGCCCAAUGAUUUGUACACCAUGAUAAAGAAUAUGGGUACACCAAACAUAUUAAAGCCUUCUGACAAGGCACAAGGAGCACUCUUAGCUUAUAAUGGUCUGGAUCACCUUUAAUGCUGAUUGAACUUCUUUAACAGUAAAC